AUGCCAAAGGAUUACUACGGUCGUGGAGACUACUCGGACGACGAGUCCAACUCUCGGAGCCGCGACAAGUUCCGCCGCGAGCGUAGUCCUGAGAAGGAUGACUUUGGUCGUGAUAAAAGGAGAAGAAAGACUUCCGCCUCCCCUGAAGACAGAGAAAGACGGCCCAGGAGAAACCGCUCAUCUUCCAAGGACGGCGACGAUCCGACCGACCGCUACAUCCCGAACUAUGACAGAGAUGGAUACAACCCUGCACCGAGACACAACCGACCCGAUCAUUAUGGAGGUCGUUUUGAUGGUCACGGCGGAUACAAUGAUUACCGUGGUCAAAGGCGUCGUGAUGAUGGCUUUGGAGACAUGGACGGUCCAGAUGCGCCUUAUGGCGAUGGUCUCCCCAGCUGGGGGGGAAGCGGUGGCGGUGGUGAGAGGAUCGACGAUCCCAUGAAGCUGGAUCAGUUGAUCUCCUUCAAGCUGUACUGCGAAUACCUCCGAAACGUCGACCGGGCUUCACACCGCUAUAAGCGUUACACGGACGAGGAUCUUCAGAGUCGCUACGGGACAUACAGGGAGGAAUUUGUGGCCAAACAGUUGUCGACCUUUUUCGAGGCUCACAAGUCAGAGGCCUGGUUCCAGGAAAAGUAUCACCCCGAUAUGUCCAAGGCUCGUGCCGAGGAGUCACGCGCUCUCCGAAAGUCUCGCUACGGGAAGUUUGUUGAGGGAUUGGCUGCAGGAAAGUUUGACAACUCUACAUGCGACGAGGCGUUGGCCAAGAAGGAGAGUGCUCAGGCUGCAGAGGCCAAAGCAGAAAAGACUGCAGGCGAGGACGGCGAGGCUGCUGUUGACAAGGAGGGUGAUACUUUGUUGAACGGUGAGGAUGCGUCAGACGCCUGGCUGUACCUCAAGGCCGUUCUCCCCACCGUCACUCGCGCGUCCAUCUUGGAGCGCUGCGAGAAGCUUGACGGAUUCGUGAUGUUGUCGUUGUCAGAGCCCCACCCUUUGAAGGAGCUGCAGAGGAUUGGGUGGAUCAAAUUUCAGGCAGGCACUGACGUUGAGGCAGCAUUGACCGCAUUGACUGAGCCAGAGACAGAAGACUUUCAGGCAACGACUGCAGCGCACAGACCAACGCGCGCCCGCUACACACACGAGAUUGCCAACUCGGGAACACGGAUCCGUGCUGACUAUGAGCUCGCUCUCGCUAUCGCCAAGGUGUGCGACCAGAGUCUGAACGAUGCAGUGGAAGGCGAGGCUGAUGCCCCCAUCUAUGAUGGCGUAUCGUUGGUAGAAGCACUUCUCAAGGAUCAUAUCCUUGCACCUACAGAUACCCCCAUGGACGAAGCAGAACAGGAGGAUCCUGCACAGGCAUCCAUUCGGCGUGCUAAUGAGCGUCGCUCGUUGGACCUCUUUAUCGAGUACCUGCGCCAAGUGCACUUGUUCUGUUACUACUGUGGCGGUGAUAGUGACAAUGCCGAAGAGUUCUCUCGCAAGUGCAGCAAGCACUUCCGUAACCCCGACACCAAGGUCCCUGUCAACUCAACCAAGGGCGCUGUUUGGGUCAAGAACUUAGAGCAGAAGCUGAACCUGAAGCUCAAAGACCCUACCGACGAAGAGAUCACCAAGCUGGGUGGGAAGUCUUUGGAAAAGGCUUCGCUCAAGUUUUUGCAGGGCAAGACACAGCAGGAUGAACCUACCAAGUGGCGCUGCAAGAUCUGCACAAAGCCAUUUAGAGGCGAGGAGUUUGUUCACAAGCAUAUCCGCACUAAGCACCCAGACGAAAUCAAGACCAUCGAGGACGACCAACAGCCACAGCCUAGCGCGUUUGGAUAUGGCGCGCCAGGUCCAAUGUUUAGUGGCCACCCCAUGCCCAUGAGCUUUAUGCCAGGAGCACACCCUAUGGGUAUGCCCUUUAUGAACCCUGGAAUGUCGCCCAUGCCACAAUUCCCUCCCAACUUUAUCCCACCCUCCUUCAGUGCUGCGGGAGCCAUGGCAGGAACACCUAUGGACCAGAUUCCUCGUAUUGGGUUUGAUUUCACCAAGCGUCGUGGAUCCAAAGAAGAAUCUGGAGACAAGGCACGGACUAAGCAGCCCGACGUGGCGCCUCCUCGUCCUCCCACGUCCAUGAUGCUUGAUCCCAGAAGUAGGAUGUCGGACCCACGCAAGGUCACAUCUUAUGUUGAUCUGGAUGCUCCUGCUGAGGGCGACCUUGACUCCAAGUACAAUUUGUGGUAG